AGGCGCUCUGAUAGAGAUCGUCAUUAAAACAUCGCUUUUGUCACCACACUUGCUCCUUAAUCUCCUCUUGUUCCUAUGAAUUGCAUAUGAGAUUCCUGAAAUUGAAUGAUAAUUUUACCUAUUAAUCUCUGAUAUAGCCUUUUUUACCCCGCCGUUCCCCGCCAGUAUCUCCCUGCCCACGCAAAUGAAUAGAGCUUCAUUACCGCCACCCACAUUUAAUAACCGUUAUCCAUUAUCUGGUAAUUAAGACUCCGUAUAACGAAUCUCAAGGAUUACGCCAGUUUGAGAAAGAGGGGAGAGAAACUGAAAAAAUACAUAUAACAUGUCUUUAAUGAACUGUAAAAUUUCCAUCUUGUUCUGCUCGGUAAUGAACAGUCAUUAUAACUCAGGGAGGCAGGAGGGCGGCGUCUCUUUUUUCUGGCCCUGCAGUUUGUGGGUAAUCUGUUAAACUGCGUCAUUUCAUCUUCUAUUUUUAUCAGUCGAGCUGAUAAAAUAUAAUUGGCUGUGAAGGAAGGCGAGGAAAGAAAUAAUGAUUUUUAUUGAUGAGCAUUAAGCUGUCGUUUGUUGCAGCAGCGCACGCUGUUCUCCGGCCGCGCUGUCGGUGCAGUCGACCUGCACGGGAACGCCGGCCUCGAGCUGUUUGUCGUCCCGUCGGACAAACCCGACGGCUGAGCGAUGCGACGUAACCUCAGUACCUGCUUUUGUUGAAGACCUCUCAUCUGUUCCAACACGGCAGGUUCAGACUUCAUCAAGACGUCUACAGGGAAGGAGGCUGUCAAUGCUACUUACCCUGUUGCCAUAGUGAUGGUGAGAGCCAUCCGUGACUACUUCAUGAGUACGGGCCACAAGGUGGGCUUUAAGCCAGCAGGGGGCAUCCGAACAGCUGAAGAGUCUUUGGUUUGGCUGAGUCUUAUCAAAGAAGAGCUGGGUGAUGAUUGGCUCUGUCCCAGCCUGUUUCGCCUGGGAGCCAGCAGCCUAUUGGCUGACAUCGAGAGGCAGAUUUAUCAUCAGGUGACUGGACAGUAUGCAGCGUAUCAUGACCUUCCCAUGGCUUGAACUCGCCUGCUUCACGUUUUAAAGAGAAGCUCAGAAGAUCCACACGAUCGUAAAUCUGCUGCUCGUUCAAGGUGCUUUAGUGUCCUGAUGAAUAACCCAGCUGGUAAUUUAAAGCUUGAAGCGAAGAAUGUGAUGAAGAUCAAAGUUUUUUACUUGUUAUAAUUUAACAAUCGCACUUCAUAAAAUAAACACAGAGUGGAAAACA